AUGUAUAUUUUUUAUCUAUCUAUCUAUCUAUCUAUCUAUCUAUCUAUCUAUCCGAUAGAGGGUAUUUCGUGGGAAAAAAGACACCCCUUUCUUUCAGGAAAAGAAUGCAUAUCUAUCUAUCUAUCUAUCUAUCUAUCUAUCUAUCUAUCUAUCUAUCUAUCUCAGUUUGUUCCUAUCUAUCUAUGUAUCUAUCUUAUUCAAAUCCGUCUGUCUCAGUCUGAGCGUAUCUAUCUAUCUAUCUAUCUAUCUAUCUAUCUAUCUAUCUAUCUCAGUUUGUUCGUAUCUAUCUAUGUAUCUAUCUUAUUCAAUGUCUGUCUCAGUCUGAGUCUAUCUAUCUAUCUAUCUAUCUAUCUAUCUAUCUAUCUAUCUCAGUUUGUUCCUAUCUAUCUAUGUAUCUAUCUUAUUCAAAUCCGUCUGUCUCAGUCUGAGCGUAUUUAUCUAUCUAUCUAUCUAUCUAUCUAUCUAUCUAUGAAAAAUCUUUCCUUCUUCAUGAUCUUAUUCAUACUUAUCUGUUUUUAUCUUCUUCUUCUUUUUCUUCUCACCCACCUCCUCCUUCUUUUCCGCCUCUUCUUCUUCUUCUUUGUUAAGUCUCUCUUUUUUAAAUCUUUCCUACUUCAUGAUCUUAUUCAUACUUAUCUGUUUUUAUCUUCUUUUUAUUAUUCUUUAUUGUCACGUCAUAUUCUUCUCCGUUUUCUUCUGUUUCAUUGUCGAAUUUAUUCAUCCCUCCUUUUCUCAUAUUCUCUCUUUUACUUACUCAUAUCUACGUCAUUGGGACCUGAGCGUUUCUUUUUUUUCUUCAAAUUCUUCGUCUGCCUACUGGACUUAAACAAUGCAUUAGUUCUCAGAUUCACUCUAUCUAUCUAUCUCUCUGCUACAUUUGCAUUUUUGCUUUAA